AGAGCAUGUCGGCUUCCGUCGACACGUGACGUCAGCAUAACAACAACCUGUCAUGAUAGCUCACGAGAGAGGAAUUUAAUCCAGCAACCUUUUAGAACCGAUCUCAUAAAACCAAAUUGGAUGUGAGGCGUCAUUUGAAAGUGUUGGAGAUCCAGGCGGGGACAGGGCGUUCUCGAGCCUGUCGGUUGAGCCAGCCGGAGAGACGGGGAACAGGAUUGGGAAGCAGGGUGAGGCGGGCCCCGCGGAGCCGGUGGAGAAGAUGGCCGGCAGCCCGGAGAAGAGUUCCACCGCGCAGGAGCUGAAGGAGCAGGGGAACCGCCUGUUCCUCUGCCGCAAGUACCAGGAGGCUGCGACCUGCUACAGCAAGGCGAUUAACCGCAACCCGUCCGUGGCAGUGUACUACACCAACCGAGCCCUGUGCCAUGUGAAGCUGCAGCAGCAUGACAAGGCUCUGUCAGACUGUAAGCAUGCUCUGGAACUGGACACCCAAUCUGUCAAGGCCCACUUCUUCCUGGGCCAGUGUCACCUGGAGCUGGAGAACUAUGACGAAGCCAUCGGAAACCUGCAGAAAGCGUACAAUCUGGCAAAAGAACAGAGGCUCAAUUUCGGUGACGACAUCCCUGGCGCUUUGCGUAUUGCGAAGAAGAAACGUUGGAACAGCAUUGAAGAGAAACGCAUCAAUCAGGAGAAUGAACUGCACGCCUACCUGAGCAAGCUCAUUCUGGCAGAAAAGGAGCGACAACUUGAAGACUACAAGGAAAAGCAAGACGAUGAUCUCAUUAGUGGCGACGUGGCCAAGAUUGCGUCCAAACACGACAAGUAUUUAAUGGACAUGGAUGAGCUGUUUUCUCAAGUGGACGAGAAAAGAAAAAAACGGGAAAUUCCAGACUAUCUGUGUGGCAAGAUCAGUUUUGAGUUGAUGAGAGAGCCAUGCAUCACACCCAGUGGGAUUACCUACGACCGCAAAGACAUCGAAGAGCACCUUCAGCGAGUGGGCCAUUUCGACCCGGUCACCCGAAGCCCACUGACCCAGGACCAGCUGAUCCCCAACCUGGCCAUGAAGGAAGUGAUCGAUGCCUUUAUCCAGGAGAACGGCUGGGUGGAGGACUACUAACCAGAGACGUAUUGCUUUGCCUUGGCAUGAACGGUCUCACUAUGAACUCACACAGGGAAGCUGAUUUGGACCUCCAAGCUUGCCCUCUUGUCUUUGCAUCCCAAACUUUUGAGGCUAUAUUUGUUGCCUGCUACUCCCUUUAAUUCCCCCCCGCCCCACCCCAUCUUCUACACUUUCUUUUUUAUUUUCAUCAAAGUGGAGCCGUUCUCUCAGGUCUCUCUCAUCUAUUUCUAACUCGAGUGCCACAAUCCCAGGUAUGCGUCAAUAAUCACUCUGGUGUCCAUCACGUGACUGCCAAAAGAAAGCAAAUCAGAAUUCUUCAUUUUGAACUUUUGACCUGCAAUGGUAAAAAUGCCAAACAAACAGAAAACGGUUUUUAUUACAUGUGACCACUUUGUAUGCAAGUUUACACCAUAUCAAUGAGGGUUGAAAGAAAGAAAAGGUAUUUUGUUCAUCUGUUUUUACAAUUGUCAGUUCCACCUAUAGGUGGCGCCACAAUCCCUCCCCUGCACCGGUAGCGUUGACAUUUGUAGUGGCUAGUUUUUGGUACAUUAAUUUAAAACGUUUUCAGCGUUCGUUAACAGGAAAUUUUAAAAACGUAAUGCUGAAAUGGCUUUAGUCAAUAUCUUAUAUGGACAUUAAGCCAAUUAUUAAGGAUUUUGAAGAAAUGCACAAAUGGCUUGCCGUACACUCAAGUACAGACAACUGAGAUGAAAAGAAUGUAUUGAUUCUGUGUCGUUUGGGUCUGGUGGUAAAUGUGUUGAAAAAGAGCUUGUGUUUGAUGGAAACAUAUCCUUGAAGUAAAUGAUGUCUUUAUAGAAUCGCACGCGCACACUCACACACACAAAAAAACACUUGUUGGCCCGUGAUCCUUCAUGCUGUUAAUUUGGGACAUUUUCUUGCUGUUUUGCAAAAACAAUCAUCGGUGGAGGAAAUGAUGAGCCUAAAAAGUUCACUGUGUCAUCCUUAUUCUUAUUUAAAAUGCUGGAAGAGCAUCCUUUGUCAUGCAUACCUCUGUUAUCCCAGCCUUCCUGUUAAAAAAAAAAAAAAAAAUGCAUUGCUUUGAGUUGAUUGGUCCUUUAGCAGAGUGGUUCACGUCAGUGUGCAGAAAGUGUAAAUAAUUAGCUUGUCUUAUUUCUGGAUAAAACAUGUUUUUUUUUGUUUUCUUGGAUGGAUGGCUGUCCGUCAGCUUGAGAGAUUGUAUUAAAUGUAGAUAUGUUGAUAAGAUGAAGGCCGUUUCUGUUUUUUUCUUUUCUUUUUGGGGGUUUACCGUUAAAGGUUGUUGUAUUUGACACUGAAGUAUCUUUCAACAGGUUCACCAUGGUAACUUGCCGGCUCUUGCAUCACAUUGGUUUUGUAUGACUUCAAUUGCAAAGGCUAGUGGUUACGAUAGCCAUAUGACAAAGCAGAUGACAUGAACCUGUGAAUAAAAUGCCUGUUGUUUCA